CGGGAAGUCCCGGCCCGCGCCGCCCAUCCCCCUCGCGGGCUCCUGACGCCCGGUCCCGCCCGCAGUGCGGCUCGGCGGAGUACAUGGCCCCCGAGGUGGUGGAGGCCUUCAGUGAGGAAGCCAGCAUCUACGACAAGCGCUGCGACCUCUGGAGCCUGGGGGUCAUCCUCUACAUCCUGCUCAGCGGCUACCCGCCCUUCGUGGGCCACUGCGGCAGCGACUGCGGCUGGGACCGCGGCGAGGCCUGCCCAGCCUGCCAGAACAUGCUGUUUGAGAGCAUCCAGGAGGGCAAGUACGAGUUUCCCGAGAAGGACUGGGCCCACAUCUCCUUCGCUGCCAAAGACCUCAUCUCAAAGCUGCUUGUCCGCGACGCCAAGCAGAGGCUGAGCGCCGCCCAGGUUCUGCAGCACCCUUGGGUGCAGGGGUGCGCUCCGGAGAACACUCUGCCCACACCCAUGGUCCUGCAGAGGAACAGCUGUGCCAAAGAGCUCACGUCGUUUGCCGCCGAGGCCAUCGCGGUGAACCGGCAGCUGGCCCAGCGCGAGGAGGACGCGGCGGCGGCGGAGGAGGGGCAGGGCCCGCCCGUGCUCAUCCGCGCGGUCUCCCGCUGCCUGCAGCUGUCCCCGCCCGCGCAGAGCAAGCUGGCCCAGCGGCGGCAGCGCGCCAGCCUGUCCGCGGCCCCCGUGGUCCUGGUGGGAGACCACGCGUGACCCCUCGCCCUGUACAUAGGUCACUCGCGCCCCUCCCCCCACCACCCCAUCAAAUCUGAAGAGGUUUUUUAAGCUGUUUCCAGCCGGUGACCCGCAGGCUGCCCUCCCCUGGCUGGGCUCCGAGGCGCUGAGCUCAGUCGGGGGUCUUUUUCUAUGAGGUUUUUGCUGUUGGGUUUUUUUCUCCUUUUUUCUGCCCCACCCCCAUGUCUCCCCCCUUUAAAGGUGUUAAAAGCAAAGCAGGCGCCCAGGAGAGGAGAGGGGAGGCCGCGUGUGGCUGGGCUUGCUGGUCCCUGCUGCCCGGCCCGGAGGCUCGCCCGUACUGUGAAAGGUCCCCGCCCGCCCGCCCUGCCACGACUCAGGAGAGGAGGGCGACCGUCGUCUUCCAGAGCUGGGGGCCCAGGAACGCGCCCCUCCCCAGCCCGCACAGUAUUUCAGGGACGGGCCCGCCCCACACCUCCCCCCAGUGACCCAGCAGCCCCUUACCCCUCACCCCAGAGACAGCCUGGCGGCUGGUGGGACGGGGUUUCUCAGGUCUCCCUUGUGGCGGGAGGGGGCCUGGGUGCGGGCAGGUGGGCUCCACGGCUGCCCACUGUACCCACCCCCCGCCUCGGACUGACAAUCGGGGCUCUCAAACCUUGACCUUAAGCUGCAGCCGACCCCGGGUGGGGGGUGCACCCGCUGCCCCCACAGGAUGGCGGUGCCGGAGGAAGUGGGAGGGGCUGGACAGGCGCCCGUCAGCCAACGUGGGGGUUCCAGAGACCCCCACCCUGGGCACCCGAGUGCCCCUUCUCAGGGCUCAGUCUGACCACGGCCAUGUCCCGCCCCUUGUCGCCCUUGGGGUCUGGUGUGGAAGCUCUAUCAGCCCCCUUCCUCCGCAGAGCCAGGGCCCGCCCAGGGGUCCUGCUGAAGCUCCUUCACCCCCAAGGGCAGCGUUUCAACCCGCCCACCUUCAGGAAAAUGGCCGCUGCUGCCAAGGCAUCCUCCGGGGCACCAGGAAUCACUGUGCCCGCCUCUGCCCACCUUGGCGCUGGGCUCACACGUCGGGCCUGCCAGGCCUGGGGAGACCGAUGCCCCUCCUCAUCCUCGGGAAACACUAUGCAAUACAGGCUCUCCUUCUCAGCUGCCCGCCGGGGAGGGCCCCCCGCGGUCCCCAGCCCGGGCAGCCUGGCCCGGCGUCUGGCCUGGUCUCCACAGUGGCCCAGGGCCUGGAAAGCCCUCUGGCUUCUAGUUUGUCCUGUUCUGUUAAUUUUUCAAAGACAUCAGUUGACUUCCUUCCCUGUUCUCGAAUACUUGAAUGUUGGGGGGUCUUGUGGGUGGGGGGGCCCAGAUGCCGUUUCUGUGGCAGUCUCCCGUGGCUGGUGGGGACUGCCGCCCCUCCGGCCCCCCGCCCGCCCGGAUCUGUGGACUGGCCUUUCCAAAGACCUCGGGGCGUGGGAGGCCGCCCCACCCCGUUUCUUGCCCACCGGUGAUCCUACAUUUUGCAACUGGGGAUUCUGCCUUUUUGUAAAAAAACAAACAGGCCCCCGCCCCCCACAGGCGCCUUGGCCGUUUUUCUCUAGAAAGCCGAGCCGUAAGGAGCUUUGUUCCUUCUUCCAAAGGUGGGACAGCCACUUCUGCCUGCCACACGUCACAGGGACCGUGGGAGCUGAGGGGCUGUCAGAACCGUUACUGUGAAUGCGCCUGGCCCCCAGGCCGCCCCACGCCGGGGGAGGGGAAUGGCCACGUUCAACGUUAAGAUGUGUAAAAAGACAAAAAAAAAGUUUUUUUAAAAGUGGGGGGAACACACCCAAGCACUUUAAGCGCCGCACCAGGUGAACUGAUGGAGCGUGUCUUCCGGACACCGACUGUCAAUGCCGGAAUUUUGUAUUGUUUUGUAAGGAUUUAAUAAAAGUCAUAAAACUUG